UAAUUAACAUCACAAUGCAAAAUCUUCUUAAAACUGGUCCAAAACAGGAUUACCAGGAAUUAUAUUAGGAUUUGGGUUUUAUUAUUGUUAUUUCCCGCCUCUCCAUGCACUAUCCAGAUGGUGGCAGAAAUGCACCUAAGGUUUGCAGACGCCAUUUAAACCUUAGAAGAAGAAUAACAACUGCAUUAGUUGUUUAAAUAGAUGUGACGAUUGCAAAAAUGGCAAAGAGGUGUGUUUUCGGCUGUUUGCCCAACAAAACCCUUUUCAGUAUCCCACGACUGCCUUGGCUACGGUCCCGCUGGCUUGAGUUUUUGCAUUUUGAAGAGGAAGGGUUAACGGUAAACUCGCGGCUGUGUUCGAGGCAUUUCACGCCAGAGUGUUUCCAGAAUUUAACCCAGCACCAAAUGGGCUUCGCCAAAGUCUUGUAUCUGAAGAAUAGCGCUGUUCCGUCGGUGUACACGGUCGGUGCAUCACAAAGUAUGAAGCCUCUGACACGGGAUGUGGGCUGCCAGUGUACCGCUCAAACUCCAAAGAAGAGCAUCUCGGUUCAAGCCUCAUUCCCAAUCCCUAAACCGAAGCGACGUAGUAAAGCUGUUCAAGUGAACUCUUCAGGGCAUCCUGUCAUCGCGUCCUCGGAGUAUGUUUGCGCCCAUCUGGAAACACCGGAGCGCACUUCAACUCCAAUAAAACGCCCGCGAAUGGAAGAAAGCGUAGAUGAAUUCAACGACAGAUCCUCGAUGACCCUGACAGACCCAGAGGAUAUCACACAUGAGCCUGAAAUCACAGAAGACGAUGAAAGACAUUGUGCCAAACAUGGAAGUCACACAGUGAUGAAUAUGAGUGACAGGACGGUGUUGGACAUUAAAUUAGAAAACUGAUGCUCUUGGGAAAGAGCGGAUGUGGAGAGAUUCCAUACUGGACAAAAAGCACCAUAAACCUCAUCUUCUGGUGCACAUGCUUCAAGAUGAGAAGAAGCUGUUACAAAGUCCAUUGAAUUGCCAGUCACGUGAAAGAUGUUCACCAUCACAACAAUGAUAUAUUCCCUGACUGCAUCCACACACAUCUAGAGGAGAAAAUGUGGCCCAAACCAGGUAUAAGGCCUUUUGGAGUUCAAAAGUAAAUGCUACUGUUGGCACGCUGCUGAGGCUGCUUUCAGAGGAGGCCUUCUUCAAGCCUGGACCAGUCCAGGAACAUCUAAGUGAAGGUCCCAGGCCACCUGUGUGAUGAUCAUUAGUAGGUGUGCAGCGGAGCCAGUAUCUGUUCCUGGAACAAUCACUAAAUUAUUUGUGUCUGUAUUCGGAUAAAACCGGAAGUAUGCGGGGCUUGAACCAGAAGUUUGUACAGUUACUUGAGAAGACUGUUAUGUUUAUGGUUUUACAGCCUUGUUCAUAGUUAUCACUGAACAAAUUUGCAGUAUUUAACUGUAAUAAUAAUUUUUUUAUGAUUAUAACAUUUAUUUAAAUGUCUUCUAACAGUCAGAGCCAUAGACUGUAAAAAAUAUGGACAAAGCACCUUCACUCUCUUCUUGUCAGUUGUUGCUUAUUUGUGAAUGUGCAAACCAAUAUGGAAAUGUGCCUUUUAAAUGUUUGUGUAGGCUGUGUGUUUAAAGAAAAGUGAGGGUGUGGACAUAAUGUGCUGAUUUGGGACCCGAGUGUGUGGAGUAGUGAGUGAAGUGGAGCCGCGUCCUGCCCAUAGUUCCCACAGAGUCGAUCACACGCACAUGCACCUGAACCUUUUUUAAUUAGCCUGACUGCUGAUUGCCAUACAAGAGACUUGUGUUAAAAUAAGGUAAAUAAAACUCAAAUCUCCUGAAGAUCCUGAAAAAGUUAGUCGGCACCUCAGUUCACUUUGAGAAGCUGUCAGUCUCAGCUGUCUAUCAUGACGUCACAUGAUAAAAACUACAUAAAAUGACAAAAACCAUCUUUGGGCAAAAUUUUUUUGAAAUGAACUUUUAUUAUUUUGUCCCUUUAGAUCACACAGAGAGGGCGGGGUUUAGACCUAUGAUGGGAGCAGCCACCUGGGAACGAACAAAACGUUUUGACUUCACUUUUCAAGACUUGUGUGGCACACGACUGAAUGAAUUCAAGGCGCAUUUUCAUUACGCAGAUCUCUUUAAGCGAGUCUUUUUUUGAACUUCACUAUAAACAAUUGUGUGUGUGAAAUGCAAACCAGCAGAAGAUAAAGAAGCAAACAUGUAGGCCUAGUAGAAAAUGUGUAAGUAUCUAAGUUGAUACUAACCGCCUCCUGGCAAGCUGUGACCAGACUGCUUUUGUGUUUUUGUUAUAUAUAUAUAUA